CCCCUCGCUCUCCCGCACCACCAAACGCCUCUGUUUCCUUCUCCCGUCACAUCAGCACCAGCAGCAAGCAAGCCUCGUCUCCGCAUUGCCCAGCUCGCCAUGGCGCGCCUGCUCCGUGCCGCGGCGCUGCUCCUCGCGCUCGCGGCCCUGGCCGCCGCGGCGCUCCUGGCGCCGGCGGCGGCGGGCGGCGUGGCCGGCGGGGACCUCGGCCACCUCGUGAUGCGGCGCGGCGGGCGGGCGUGCCGCGGCACGGUGGGCGAGUGCAUGGGGUACUUCGACGUGGACGCCGAGGGCGAGGGCGACGUGGCCGGGAUGGCCACCGGCGGCAGCAAGCGCCGGGUGCUGCAGGGCGGGUCCGGGUACAUCGGCUACGACGCGCUGCGCCGGGACAACGUGCCCUGCUCCCAGCGCGGCGCCUCCUACUACAACUGCCGGCCCGGCGCCGAGGCCAACCCCUACUCCCGCGGCUGCAGCGCCAUCGCCCAGUGCAGGGGCUGAGCUGAGCUCUGCACCAGUUAAAAUUAUGUCGCGGCAGGAUCAAGGCUGAUCGGUUCGGGUGCUGCUAGCUUCAUGGUGAUGUUUGUUUCAGAGUUUGAGAGGCAUGACAGAUGGGUUGUGCAGUGGAUAUGGGUCUGUUCUGUUCUAGCUCCUUUUCGCCUUCCGGGUGAAAGUAAAAGUAAUUUAUAUAUGAUCGUGUAAUUCUUGUGUCUGAAUUUACAGCAAAAUGAAUUUUCAUCAUAUGUC